AUGGCGGCGGCCCCACGCGCGUGCCGGCGGGGCGGGCGGCCGCUCCCGGAGCUGCUGCUGCUGCUGCUGCUGGCGCUGCCGCCCCCGGGGGGCCCGCCGGGCGCCGCCGCCUACUUCCCGGAGGAGCGCUGGAGCCCCGAGUCGCCGCUGCAGGCGCCGCGCGUGCUCAUCGCGCUGCUGGCGCGCAACGCGGCCCACGCGCUGCCAGCCACGCUGGGCGCGCUGGAGCGGCUGCGCCACCCGCGGGAGCGCACGGCGCUGUGGGUGGCCACAGACCACAACGCAGACAACACGACGGCAGUGCUGAGGGAAUGGCUGGUGGCCGUGAAGACCUUGUACCACUCGGUGGAGUGGCGGCCGGCGGAGGAGCCCCGGUCCUACCAAGACGAGGAGGGGCCCAAGCACUGGUCCGACGCCCGCUACGAGCACGUCAUGAAGCUGCGCCAGGCAGCCCUGAAGUCCGCCCGGGACAUGUGGGCCGACUACAUCUUGUUUGUGGACGCGGACAACCUGAUCCUGAACCCCGACACGCUGACGCUGCUCAUGGCCGAGAACAAGACGGUGGUGGCGCCCAUGCUGGACUCCCGGGCCGCGUACUCCAACUUCUGGUGCGGGAUGACCUCGCAGGGCUACUACAAGCGCACCCCCGCCUACAUCCCCAUCCGGAAGCGGGACCGCCGGGGCUGCUUCGCGGUGCCCAUGGUGCACUCCACCUUCCUGAUCGACCUGCGGAAGGCGGCGUCCAGGAGCCUGGCCUUCUACCCGCCGCACAGCGACUACACCUGGUCCUUCGAUGACAUCAUCGUGUUCGCCUUCUCCUGCAAGCAGGCAGAGGUCCAGAUGUACGUGUGCAACAAGGAGAUGUACGGCUUCCUGCCAGUGCCGCUGCGCUCACACAGCACCCUCCAGGACGAGGCCGAGAGCUUCCUGCACGUGCAGCUGGAGGUGAUGGUGAAGCACCCCCCAGCAGAGCCGUCCCGGUUCGUCUCGGUGCCGGCCAAGACGCCUGACAAGAUGGGCUUUGACGAGGUCUUCAUGAUCAACCUGAAGCGACGGCAGGACCGGCGGGAGCGCAUGCUCUGGGCGCUGAGGGCGCAGGAGAUCAAGUUCCGGCUGGUGGAGGCUGUGGAUGGCAAAGCCAUGAACACCAGCCAGGUGGAGGCCCUGGGCAUCCAGAUGCUGCCCGGCUACCAGGACCCCUACCACGGGCGGCCCCUCACCAAGGGAGAGCUGGGCUGCUUCCUCAGCCACUACAACAUCUGGAAGGAGGUCGUGGACAAGGGACUGAAGAAAUCGCUGGUCUUCGAGGAUGACCUGCGCUUCGAGAUCUUCUUCAAGAGGCGCCUGAUGAACCUCAUGCGGGAUGUGGAGAAGGAGGGUCUGGACUGGGACCUCAUCUACGUGGGCCGGAAGCGGAUGCAGGUGGAGCACCCCGAGAAGGCCGUGCCCCGCGUGAGGAACCUGGUGGAGGCCGACUACUCCUAUUGGACGCUGGCCUACGUCAUCUCCCUGCAAGGCGCCCGCAAGCUGCUGGCCGCCCAGCCCCUCUCCAAGAUGCUGCCCGUGGACGAGUUCCUGCCCGUCAUGUUCGACAAGCACCCAGUGUCGAAGUACAAGGCCCACUUCUCCCCCCGCAACCUGCGGGCCUUCUCGGUGGAGCCCCUGCUGGUGUUCCCCACGCACUACACGGGGGACGACGGCUACGUGAGCGACACGGAGACCUCGGUGGUGUGGAACAACGAGCGCGUCAAGACGGACUGGGACCGCGCCAAGUCCCAGAAGAUGCGGGAGCAGCAGGCGCUGAGCCGCGAGGCCAAGAACUCGGACGUGCUGCAGUCCCCGCUGGACAGCGCCGCCCGGGACGAGCUCUGA